GUCUCACACACCCUGUCUCUCUCCCUCUCUCUCCAUCAUCAUCGUCAUCUCUCUCUCUCUCUCUCUCUCGGCCUGCUAGCAAGAAGAGAAAUGAAAUGAAACACGAAGCAACACAUAAAUCAAGAGGAAACAAAGACUCCUCUCUCUGCAACUCAUGGCUUCUCUCCUCCCACUCUUCAUUUUCGCUUCUCUUUCACUCGUUAAUGCUAAAUCUAAUUCCACUUUCACUCCCAUCAAUCGCGAUCUCUACCACUCCAGCGCUGAUUUGUUGGAGCAAAUAAAGGCAUUGGUACACCGUCACCCAGACAAACUUACCGUGGAGACAAUUAAAACAGGAAACAGGGGUUAUAAAGCGGAGAUUAGUGUAGUUACUUAUUGCAGAAGUAGAAAAGAAGCUGAUGACAGGACGAAGUUUCGGAUUCUUCUUAGUUUCGGGCAACAUGGGAGGGAGCUAAUUACAACAGAACUUGCAUUCCGGAUCUUGUCGAUUUUAAGUGAGGAACAGUUUCUACCCGAUGUAGAUGCUGCUUCUUUGAAUAAUAUCCUAGACAAGCUCGUCAUAAAGGUGGUGCCAAUGGAAAAUGUGAAUGGACGGAAACUUGUUGAAGGAGGAGAUCUUUGUGAGAGGAGGAAUGGUAGAGGAGUUGAUCUCAACCGGAAUUGGAGUGUUGAUUGGGGCAAAAAGGAGAAGGACUAUGAUCCAUAUGAAGAAAAUCCUGGAACUGGUCCUUUUAGUGAGCCUGAAACUCAAAUAAUGCGGAAACUCGCCUUAACAUUCGAUCCUCACAUAUGGGUUAAUGUGCAUUCGGGAAUGGAGGCAUUAUUCAUGCCUUACGACCACAGGAAUACAACCCCUGAUGGUGCACCAUCAGAACAGAUGAGGUCAUUGCUUAGUAAACUGAACAAUGUUCAUUGCCACAAGCAUUGUGUGAUUGGUUCGGGAGGAGGCUCUGUUGGGUAUCUUGCACAUGGGACAGCAACAGAUUUCAUGUACGAAGUUGUAAAAGUGCCUAUGGCCUUCACCUUUGAGAUUUACGGAGAUACCGCAGCUUCAUCAAAGGACUGCUUUAAAAUGUUCAAUCCUGUUGAUUUUACUACCUUCCAUAGAGUUCUCAAUGACUGGUCCUCUUCUUUCUUCACAAUUUUUAAGCUGGGACCGCACCAGCUAGAUGGAAACAGUUCAAAGGAGAUGGCAUCCAGUUUGGACAAGCUUGUAUCGAUUGAUGAGUAUCUUGACGGGUACUUGGUGGAGAGGAGAAAUAGAUAUGGUAAAAAGAUGGAGGUGCUAGAUGUUGGGAUGCAGGAGAUAAGGACGUAUUUUAGGCUUUUCUUAUUAUCAUCAGUUUUGUUAUUGUUCAUGUUCUGUUCUAGAAUUGCAAGGAGCAAGUCCAGUAGACCUAUUGUUUCAGCCUUACCCGUCUGACAUUGUAUUGUGUACUCUACAUUCUUUAGAAAAAGAUGUAUUAAGUAUUUCCUAUAAUCUAAAAUUAGUGUAAUUAAGCUUCA